AUGUUAUGGGAAACAGGGGUGCUAAGGGUGGUGAGGGGAGGCAGAUGGGAGCGUCUCAGGUGGCGGAGGGACAAUCCAAGACUGGUGUUAGUAAGGCUAAACCAGGGAUGGACUGAAGGGAAAAAAAGCAAGAGGACAGGAAGAUGCGUAGUGAAGAGCAGCGACACCAGAACUUGCCUAGAGAAUGGGGGCAAGUGGGGAAGAGCGGCGGGGAACUGGGAGGUCAGAGCGAGGGGAAUCCCUCAGUGGCAGAUAAGGGGAAGAAGGCAGCAGUGCCGAAAUGCGAGGAAAGAAUUUGGUGUCCAAAUUAAGGAACAAAAUCGGAUGAAUUAG